AAAGGGCUAGUAAAAAUUAUGAUAAAUACGUUGAAAAGUUGGAAAGAUUGUGCAAAUUGAAGAUAAAUCUAGCUGGAAAAAAAUAUAGUAAUGAAAAUGAAAUGUCAAUGUGGGUAGUUGAAAUGGAAGAAUUAGAAGAGGAGAAGGAAGAAUUGAGGUUAAAGAAAAAUUCUUGGGAAAUACAGACUCAGAAGUUACAAAAUAAAUUAAUAGCAGAGGACACAGAAGCAAUUUGGAUAAAUACACUUGCUGAAACUAUUUCAAAACAGGUGUUGGAAAGAAUCCAAAACCCUCCUGAAUUGGACAUAUACUCUAAUGCUAGCUCUGCAAAUCCAUCCAAAUUUGAAAAGGUGGCUGAUGUGAUUUUUAAUUGGAAACCACAGAAUGAAGAAGCUGAUUUAACAUUAGUUGAAUCAAGUCGAAUUGGAACAAAUGAAAUUCUCUUAACUGGUGAUGCAACAACAAUUCUGAACAGAUUAUUAGUAUACUCUCCUAUUGCCUUAAAUACAAAACAACAUAAAUUUCAAGCCACUGUUGAAAUGAAAGCUCUAAAUACUUUGGAUGCUGGAGCUUGGCGAAAAAGACUGCCACAAGUUUUAGGACCACUGGAUGAUCUGGUGGAGAAUCUUGAACAUCGCUUCCAAAUUAAUAUUGGUUAUUGCAUACUCACAAAUGGUUUAGUCUGGUUCCUCUUCAAAGGAGAAAAAAUUGAUGGAAAACUCUUGAUCUAUAAAUGUGGUCCAUAUUAUUCUAAUAAUUUAAUGCUAUUGAGAGUUCUUAAACAUCUUUUUAAUAAUAUUAUAUUGACACCUAUUGUGACACAUGCUAUUGGAACAAAUAUAGAUGAAAAAUCAGAACAGCAUGAAAGUUUAGGUAAUAUUUGUAAUUGUGAUGGUGUAAAAAAUGUAGAAUCUGAUGAAAAUCAAUGUAAUUGA